AAUAGCAUCAUCAUCAUCAUCACAACAAAAUUACAUUUUACUGGCGCUUUUUUAUUUAAUUUAGAUUUUGCAUAGAGUGGUGAUGACAGUGUGUGUAUUUUAAAUCUAUGUGUAGCUGAGUACGAGAAUAAAGUGAUAAAACGUUUUCGCACGCGAGUCCAACCAAGUAAAUCUUUCUCAUCUACUAUAUAGAACCCAUCAUUUUCUUCAACGUAAAAAAAAAUACGAAAAAAUUUAACAAAAAAAAAACGUGAAGUGAAAAGCAACUGAAGAGGAAGUGCAAAAAAUACAUAACGAUUCUAACGGCGCCUAAAUUAGAAUAUUUUUACUCUUUAAUGUGAACCACAAGGGAAACAUUUCAUACACACCAAAAAGUAAUAAAAAUCACAACAAGUGAUUUUCAACACAACAAUUCCAAAUUCAAUCUAAAAUAAACACACACCUGGCUAGUUAGGCAGGUCGGUUGCUGGCUUUGUUGGUAUGGUUACCCAUCCGCAUGAAAAUUUAAAUAUGGAAUCACAGAGAUCGGGUGGCAACAACACCGCAACUACGCAGUUCAUCACCCACAGAAGGGGAUACACACUGUCAUGCAGCACUCUACUGCUAUUGGGAGCCUUCUUUGUAUGUACUUUGCUUACGGUCUCCUUUGUGGUCUAUAAUUUUGCAACAUGUGAUGAUUUGAUACCCAAUGAAGAUGAAGAUAUCGUAUGCACUGCUGUACCCAUGAGACACAAAGUCAACGAGCAAAAUGCCACCGAUUUAACGCAACGUACAUACGAGCAAGAUGUACGUCUGCCAACUUCAAUUAAACCCCUAAAGUACAACAUUUCAUUGGAGCCGUACUUGUAUGUGGGCAAUUUCACCUUUAAUGGUGAGAUUUACAUAAACAUUCUAGUCCUGGAGGAUUGUUACAAUGUAACAAUGCAUGCCAUUGAUUUGGAUAUUUCGAAAAAUGAUGUUGCCAUACUGUCGCUUGAAAGGAAAUCCGAUAAGAAACGCUCCAAUAGCACGACGAAGGUGGGCAGUGGAGCUGUUGCUAUUGCUAAUGAGGGAGUUGCUGAAUUACGCAUACGCAAGCAAUAUCUACUGGAGGCCAAGCAAUUUUUCAUUAUUGAAUUGUAUGACAAACUUUUAAAAAAUACCGAAUACGUGAUUAAAAUCAAAUUUAGUGGCUUAAUACAAGACUAUUUACAAGGAUUCUAUCGCAGUUCGUACAAGGUGCGCAAUGAAACAAGGUGGUUGGCCUCUACACAAUUUCAAGCUACAGACGCACGCAGAGCAUUUCCUUGUUUUGAUGAGCCAGCAUUAAAGGCAAAUUUCACACUGAAUAUAGCGAGACCCAAGCAUAUGUCAACUGUUUCGAAUAUGCCAAUAAUUAAAACUCAAAAACAUGAAACAUUACCAGACUAUGAAUGGGAUUAUUUCGAUGAGUCUCUGCCAAUGUCAACAUACUUAGUGGCCUACAGUAUAUCCGAUUUCAGUAAAUUAUCAGAUGGUAAUUUCUCAGUAUGGGCUAGACAUGAUGCCAUACAAUCCGCCUCAUAUGCCUUAAGCGUUGGACCAAAAAUAUUAAGAUUCUUAGAAGAAUUCUUUGAUUUGAAAUUUCCUCUGCCAAAAAUGGAUAUGAUUGCAUUGCCAGAUUUUCAAGCAGGAGCCAUGGAAAAUUGGGGUCUAAUAACGUACCGAGAAACUACCAUGCUCUUUGAAGUAGGCGUUUCGGCUUCAACUUAUAAACAACGUGUAGCUUCGGUGGUGGGUCAUGAAUUGGCCCAUCAAUGGUUUGGUAAUUUGGUAACACCCAGUUGGUGGUCAGAUAUUUGGUUGAAUGAAGGUUUUGCCAGCUAUAUGGAAUAUUUAACUGUGGAUGCCAUAGAACCCGAAUGGAGAACAAUGGAUCAAUUUGUGGUUAAUGAAUUGCAAAAUGUUUUCCAAUUAGAUGCCUUAUCCACAUCACACAAAAUAUCCGUAGAGGUUGGUAAUCCCGAGGAGAUCACAGAAAUAUUCGAUCGCAUUUCAUAUGGCAAAGGAUCUACUAUCAUAAGAAUGAUGAGUCACUUCUUAACCUCAACCAUAUUCCGGCGUGGCUUGAACCGUUACUUGAAGGAAAUGGCCUAUAGUUCUGCUGAACAAGAUGAUUUGUGGCACUCCUUGACUUUGGAAGCCAAACUCGAGGGUCUAUUAGAUCGUGAUACAACGGUCAAGGAUAUCAUGGAUACUUGGACCUUACAAGUGGGCUUCCCGGUAGUUCAUGUUUCUAAACAUCCCAAUACGAAUGUUAUACGUUUGGAGCAACAACGUUUCGUUUAUGAAAACUUGAACAAUCAUAGCAAUGAAGUAGAAGAAGAGGAUCCUCUCUGGUGGAUACCAAUCACCUAUACCACCUCAGAUGAAUUGGAUUUUGAAAACACACGACCUUUAACCUGGAUACCCAGAUCGAAAAUUUAUGAAAUUGAAAGUCGCAACCUGACAACAGCCGAUUGGUUUAUCUUCAAUAUUCAGCAGAGUGGUUACUAUCGCAUUAACUAUGAGUUGCCAAAUUGGCAAACGAUUACGGGACACUUGCUGAAUGCCAAGACUUUGAAACAAAUUGCUCCCUCUAAUAGAGCACAAUUAAUAGAUGAUGCCAUGAAUUUGGCUAGAGGUGGUUACUUAAGCUAUGAAAUAGCUUUAAAUCUUACACGUUACUUAACAAAUGAAGAUGAUCAUGCACCUUGGAAGGCCGCAGUAAAUGCUUUUCAAUUUAUAGAUUCCAUGUUUGUUAGUCAGGGUGACUAUGAUUUGUUUAAGAACUAUCUAUUGAAAUUGGUGGACAAAGUUUACAACGAAUUGGGUUUCAGAGAUUCUGCGGAUGAAAAUGAUAUGUUGGAGCAUUUUAAGCGUGUAGAAAUUUUAAAUAUGGCUUGUCAUUUGGGUCAUCAGGGUUGUAUAUCGGAUAGUGUGAGACAUUUUCAGAAUUGGGUGCAAGUUCCUAAUCCAGAUGCAAAUAAUCCAAUUUCACCAAAUCUACGCGGUAUUGUUUAUUGUACAGCCGUACAAUAUGGCACUGAGGCCGAAUGGGAGUUUGCAUUUGAACGUUAUUUGAAAACAAGUGUUUCGACUGAAAAAGAAAUUAUAUUAACAGCCUUAGGAUGUUCUAAGGAACCCUGGAUAUUAUCCAGAUAUCUACGUUAUUCGAUAACCGGAGACAUGGGCAUACGAAAACAAGAUGUUUAUCGGGUGUUUGCAGCCGUAUCCUCAAAUGUUGUGGGACAAAAGAUGGCAUUCGAUUUUAUACGCAACAAUUGGGAGGACAUAAAAACAUAUUUGGGUUCCUCGAUGUCCAAUUUCAAUACAAUAUUAAAAUUCGCCACAAAACGUAUUAAUUCGAAAUAUCAUUUAAAUGAAUUGGAAUCAUUCGUUACAAACGAGUUAAAGGAUAACAGCCGUUUAUCCCAGCAAAUUGUCGAGCAUGUACAAGUUAAUGUCAAUUGGAUGAAUAAAAAUUAUCAAACAAUAUUAGAGUGGUUAAGAAAAGAAUCAAAAAGUUAUUCAUAAGUUACAUAUUUAAUACAUAGUACGAAUGUCCAAAGUUUUUCUUUUCUUUUAUAACACAAAUAAUUUUAAGUAUUAAUAUGUAUGUAUGUAUUUAAAAAAACAAAUUUUCGUAAUUUAAUAUCCAAAAAAUGUUUAUUAUUUAGGCGCCUUUAGACAAUCAAACAUAGCUGACAACAGAUUAUUAGAAUUAUAUUUAUAUAAAUAUUAGCUUAUAAACUAUUGGGCAUUAAACCUGUUCUAAAUAUAAUAUAUCAAAUUAAAGGUAUUUCCAAUAUCUAUCACAGUAAAUAUAGGAUAAAAACUUUCAAUUGUACCGGAGUUUGUGAAUCUUAAAUCCAUAAGCAUUUGAUUGUCUAGUGUGCCCUUUAAAGCAGUUUUUUUUUAAAAAAAUUGUAAUAAAAACUCAUUUAUGAGUAAUUUCAAAUUCAUUUAUUAGCAAUUUCAUGUCAUUUUAACAUUGGGUGAAUAUACAUAUUUUAAUUUAUGAAAUAAUAUUUUCCCAACUAAAAUGCGUAAGAAAUUAAUUCUCACAGUAAAUUUCUUCGCAAAAUCAUUUGCUGCUAUGACAUGAUAAAACUUAUAUAUACUAUUGAUUGCAUUUUCUUUAUUUAUUUCUUUGUAUGUAUAUUAGUUGUGUGUAUAAUUUAAAUCAAUAUUUCAACGUAAUAAUAAUUCUUUUUAUAUAUAUAUAUGUAAUUUGUAUAAUAUAAAUUUAUGUUUAAGCUUUAAAGCAUCCAAAGAAUUAUUUAAAUAUGUGUAUGUAUGUACCAUGUAUUUUGUUAGUAAAGUACUUAAAAUUUGAAAAUAAACUAAAAUUAACACAA